GUCGUUCGGGUUGGAGUGGUGGACCUGUACGAUCCCGACGCGGAGGACAUCCGGAUCGAGAAGAAGAUCGUUCACGAGGAUUACUCGCCGGAAACACGGUACGAUGACAUAGCGCUGCUGAUGCUGGCACGUAACGUUACGAUAUCGCUGCAUGUGCGGCCGGCCUGCUUGGGUACGGAUCGAACCGAGCGGAUUCAACGGGCCACGGUCACCGGGUGGGGUAAAACCAGUCAGGAUUCCCACCUGUCGGAUAAGUUGGGCAAGGUGUCUCUGGACGUGCCGAGUGACCGAAAAAAAUGCGCCCGGAUGUACCGGGGAAUUGGCCAAAGUCCGCUGAUCGAUCGUCAAAUCUGCGCUGGAUCUCUGGAUGGAAAUCAGGAUGCCUGCCAUGGGGACUCCGGAGGACCGCUGCAGGUGUUUGAAGAGGGCGAAUGUCGGUAUCACGUAGUGGGGGUGGUAUCGUAUGGAAAAAUCUGCGGCUCGGCGGAGUACGGGCUCUACACGAGGGUGUCCCGUUACCUGGGGUGGAUUGUUAAGACAGUGUGGCCAGAUGAUUGGUCGCAUAAGGAACACUGGGAAAGCUGGUAGAUGCGUUUUUUUGUUAUUUGCUAUUAGUGUUUUUCUUUUUGUUUAAUCGGAGUUGGCUGAAAUCUAUGCAAAAAGCUAGAAAUAGAUAAAUGUCAUCGUGCCAGACGACAUUGAAUUGACCCUUUU